AUGACGCCUCUUGACGAUAAUAUCUUCCACCGCUACUUUGAACGAAAAUGUGAAGUAUGCUUCCAAACGAUACAUUUACGAGAGGAGCAUGACUAUCAAUGCGAAGGCUGCACAACGCUCAUGUGUCAAGACUGUGCCCAGAAAGUCCAUUGCAUGCUGUGUGCUACCGGCAGCAACAAUGCCGGAUGUCCGACCUUUUGUGCCGAUUGCAUGCAAAGCUGUCAAGCCUGUGGAGAAGGAGCAACCUUUCAUCCCUUCUGCAAACGUUUCCACGCUUGUGUUCAUGGAAGUGCUACCCGUACUCCCACCACAACAACUGGUUCCAAUGGCAAGCGAUCAAUUGGGUCGACUGGUAAAAAGUUGGGAGUGGAGAAAACAGAGUUCAAGAUUCGCAUUGUGAAACGCAAGCUAUGGAACGAGGAAGGGGUGAAAACUCCCAAAAAGACAAGAGAAACAAAAGCAUUGUUGAAUUAG